UCGAAGAUGUAGUAAUCAGCACAACAUAGACAUUUUCCUACUGUAGUUUCAAAGAAUAGAACUGUAGAACAUAGCCUCUUGAGUGAGUACAAUACACAGCCAUACCGUAUAAAUACAUGACAUCCCCCCUCCGCCAGAUAUCGGAUAUCAGAUAUCAUUCAUUCUACUUACUAUAUUACAUACAACGACUUCAAUUCCUCUCAAUAUACCUGUAGAAACUAGCAGUCCGAAUAGACACCCCAUUCGCCUCUCAGCAAUUCUCAACCUGCCAUCAACAUUAAAAAUAAUAGCCAUCCCGCAGCCCCCGCCCUCUCCUCUCCUUCCCGGGCCUCAUGACGCCAUCCAGUCCCAAUACCUCUAUCCAGGUCCGCGGUCUCAACUAUAAAUUUGCAGAUGGCACUACUGGCCUGACUGAUAUCUAUCUCGAUCUCCCUAAGGGCAGCCGAACCCUACUGAUUGGCGCCAAUGGCGCCGGCAAAACCACCCUUCUCCGCCUUCUCUCCGGCAAACGCCUCGCCCCCCACGGCACCGUGCUAAUCGGCGGCAUAGACCCGUUCACCACAGGUCUCGAAGGCGUAACCUACCUAGGCGUCGAAUGGGUUCUGAAUCCCAUAGUCCGCACAGAUAUAGACGUGCCUACCCUCUUAGCCUCCGUCGGCGGUGACGCAUACCCAGCCCGCCGCGACCAACUCGUCCGAAUCCUCGACAUAGACCUCAACUGGCACAUGCACGCUGUCUCCGAUGGGGAACGACGCCGCGUACAACUUGCCAUGGGCCUGUUACGGCCCUGGACCCUGCUCUUACUUGAUGAGAUCACGGUGGACCUGGAUCUGUUGAGCCGGAGUGAGUUUCUGGGGUUUCUGAAGCGGGAGACGGAGGAGCGGGAGUGUACGAUUGUGUAUGCUACUCAUAUCUUGGAUAAUCUGGCCAAGUGGCCGACGCACCUAGUACAUAUGCAUUUGGGCCGGGUGAGGGAUUCGGGACCCAUUGAGAAGUUUGAGAUGGGGAAGCAGGUUUCUGGUUCCGAGAAUAGUCGGUUGGGAGAGGUGGUGUUGGAGUGGUUGAAAAGAGAUUUGAGGGAGAGAGGACCACGGCCGGGCCUACCGGGAGAGGGGAAACAGCUUCCGGUUGAAUAAUGGGAGGCCGAUAUAGAGGGUAUUGGUAUUUGCAAAAACGGGGCACUUUUUCCUAUAGCUAUGCUUCAUGUGGCGCAUUAUGCUUUCGUUGUAAGCCUUUUUAGAGCUUCAAAGAAGGGAGGCAGGCCUCAACGCCAAAAAUAUAUCCAGGAAAAAUUUCUAUGUUCAUAUAUAAAUAGUUAUUGUCCAUGACACAUGUGACACAUUCAUUUAAUAACAUUCCCGUUGGCUAUGGAAACAAAUCCAAAAUCUUAAAAACCCGCACUGAGCUAUCCUCACUCGCAAUAGCAAGUUCAUACCCUUCAUCCGCUUCUUUUACUUCUGCACAGACUGGCUUCCAUGCCAACUGCGUAAUAGCCUUCGAUGGACACUCCAACCCCGGCAACGCCAUCCCCUCCUGAACCUCCC